AUGAGAUUACUUUGGCUAAUAUGAGUUUUAUCAAUUGUUAUCAUUGCUCUCUGUCAGCAGAGUAAGUCACAUACAAAAGAGAAGAGUGUUAAAAAGAGAGAUUACAAGUCUGGAAUAUUUACAAAUGGAGAUAAGAAUUUUGAUUCACAAAGAAGAAAUCUUGAAGUUGACACUUCUCCUACAAACACUAUUGUAAAAUGAAAUGCAUUUAACCAUACUAUUGCUUUUGAUAAACAAGAAGUGAAGGUGUACGCCGUAGAUACUGCAGGGAAUAACAAAACAGUAGGAGGAGACUUUUUCUGGAUCAGAGUAGAGAAUCAAUGAACUCAAAGCAACGGAUUCGGAUGAUAUGAUGUUGCAUCCCAACAAACUGUUUUACAGACUGAGAUUCAAUCUCAGAUGAAAGAUCAUCUCAAUGGAUAUUAUACAUAUGAUUUUACUGUAGAUCAAGAAGGACCUAUAACACUCUAUAUAAUGCUUUACGAAAGAGGAGGACUGUUUUAUGAAUGGUGGGAUACUACUACUUGGACCGGAUCUGUAGUCAGCUCUGGGGUCCAAGCAUCUGUCGACAAUAGUUGGGCAUCAGGAGACAACCUCACUCCAACUCAGGCUGAUUAUGUUACUGCAAGAUACGUUGGGGCUUUAAGAGGCCCUCUAACUGGAACAGUCACCUUAUAUGCAGAAUGUGACGAAACUUGUCUUGUUUAUAUAGAUAACUCUCUCAUCAUCAAUGGAGGAUUUAGCAAUCUUUCAGCAACAGUUAACAUGGUCGAUAAUCAGUUUUAUUUUAUUCAGGUUGACUUUUAUGAAGGAACUGAUGUAGCCGUUUUUAAACUUCGUUGGUCUUAUACAGGGCAAACCGAAGUUUUAAUUCCAAGCUAUUAUAUGUACAACCCUAAAUAUGUGGGAGCUGGUCUGUAUCAGAUCGAUGUUAUCUGUCCCCAUGGAUAUGUUGGAAACGAUACUACAAGUCCGACAAAAUGAGUUGAACUGCAUGGAGAUGGAUUUAAGGUUGGGUCUGAGGAAUGAGAGGAUGGAAAUACAGUUAACUAUGAUGGCUGUUCACAGUUUGGAUAUAUUGAUGAAGGAUAUAUUUGUUAUGGAGGGUCGAGAUUGGGAAAAGACACUUGUUAUCAAUGACCUAUAGGAUUUAAUGUUUCUGAGAGCAAAACAGAAUGUGAUAUGUUGGGAACUGGUAGUGGUGUGCACACUUGAGUAAUUAUUAUUUGCAUUUGCAUUUUUAUUGCUAGUAAAACGAGUAUUGUUGAAUCGAUUGUAGAGAGCAAGUAUCCUAAUCAUCUUUUUACGUUUGUAGAACAAUUCCAAAUCAUACUAAUGCUGCAAUUCAUUCAUUCCUUUUUCCCAGAAAUCAUUUUGACUUUCUUGCAUGCAAUCAGAUACUUCUUCCUCGGCUUCCAGUUUCUCGGUCUCGAUGGAUACUUUUAUGGAACUGUCCAUUAUGAUAAGCUCGAUUACCAAAUGAGAAACCUCGGCUUCGGAAGCCAAAGCACCAUUGUCAACCUGACGAACUGGCUUGCAGUGUACCCGAUCUUCUUGAUCUUGUACCUGAUUCUGUACUUUGUGCUCGAAAAGUUCAUUUACCAAGAAGUCCAAGGCAUGCUCUUGGCUCCAAUGCGCAAAGUCACAACCUGGAUGUUCCCAGGACUCCUCAUCAAAGUCAUCCACUUGUCGUUCAUGAUGCUGGUGUUCUUGCCAAUGUAUGAACUGCGCAAACACUGGAACACCGACGAAGAACAGUGGAGCAGAAACAUUUCCAUCGUGAUCCUUAUCUUCUGUGGCAUUUACGGAGUCUUGGUGCUGAUCUUUUGCAGCUGAGCAGUGUGUUUCCCAGAAAUGCGUAAAGACCCAUACUUGGCUGAGUACUUCGGCGGUUUGCGUGACUCCAGAUACGCAGUGAUGUACCCGUUCUUGUCUCUGAUGUACAAAGCUGGCAUUGCAAUGCUUUGUGCAGCCAGACUCGACAACUCCAGCUCCGAAACAUUAGGAUACAUAUUGCUGAUUCAUGGAGUCCAUAUUGCUUAUUUGCUGUUUUGUAGGCCGUUUAGUCAAGCCAAAGAUAGCGUCAUCUGCAUGAAGAACCAGGUCUUCGUCGUGAGUUUGCUCAUUCCUCUGUUUACAUACAAAGACCCUGAGAAGUGGGGAACCACCAUCACUUGGGGAUGGAUCGUUUCCAUAAUCUCCGCCAACGCGAUGACUGCAUUCGGCCUUGUGGUUCAAUUCGUGACAAGGAUGUACAAAGAGUACACACUCUUGCCAACAGGAAACGAAGUCAGAGCCAUCAACCCGAAGGUCUACGAGAGAGGAUUCACUCCGAGUUCGACAACGAAGAAGCUGAACAAGGUCCACAACUUUGACGAAAAGUCUCAGAGAGGAAAGAGUCCACAUGGAGAGGAGUCGUUUUCUCCGAGGAUGAAGGAUAAGUCAUCUGAUAUGUUAAACUUGAAUGGAGAUAAUAUUAUGAGAUCAAAGAAAAAGUACAACUUCAGAGACAAUUUUUAUGACGAUGAUGAGACCGAUCCUUCAAGUCCUGCGAGAUCAACAAAGAAGUUAACGAGAGUUGGAACAAUGGGAGGAAGAUCUGGAUUUGAUGCGAAAGAAAGUCUAGAUAAUUUAGAUAGCUUCAGGCCUAAGCGAGAAGAGUUUAAGAUUGAGCCCAUUAACCUUCAGAGUGAGGAAGAAAAUUCUUUAGAAAGCCCUGAAAGAAAAGUCAGCGACUUCAAAGAUCUAGUCAAAUUAUUCAGAAAUAAUAGUGUUAGAGGAGGAGGAAAAGACUUUACUCCAGCUUCAAGUGUAUAUUCUCCAACAAAGAGACUCAAUGAGAUAUCAAGAAGAAUGAGAGAUGAAGAUUAGAACUAUAACCCAUAACCUCCCUUCAUUUUCAACC